GAGCCUGUUUUACCAGUCCGACUCUACCGUAGAAGCGGUGACGUCGUGUUUCCCGCGCAUUUUCCAUAGAGAAAAUAAAUGAAAAACUUUUUAAAUUUCGAUUUUCAAGUUUGGAAUUCCAUGUGUUUCGUGCCAGUUGUAGUAAAAUAGUUUUUCUUGUGUAAAAAGGAUUGAAAUAUAGAUAUGAUCUGGCUGGCGCUAACCCUGGUGAUGCUGGCCCCGGCGUGGGGGGAGGACACAUGUCUCUCCGUCGACGACGACCCCUACGUGCUGUUCGCCAGCAAGACAGCAUAUACCUUCGCCAACAGGGGCAUCCCUAUUAACAAGGCCCAUGAGAUACCUGGCUGCCAGCCACUCGCCAUCUACCUGCUGCAGCGCCACGGCUCCAACACUCCCGAGGUGGGAGAAGUAGGAGACCUGAAGAAACUCGGCAACCUCAAAGACAACGUCGUCAAUAAUUACAGAAAUGGAAAUUUCCGGAAUACCGAGAUGCGCAUGUGCGCGUCCGACGUGAACCUACUCAACGAGUGGUCUUGGAGUCCCAACAGCAGCUUUGCUGGUGACCUGACCAGCGACGGCUACGUGUCCACACAGCAGCUGGCUCAGGCCUGGAAGAAGAGGUUCCCAGGACUCUUCACGGACAACAGACAUGAUUACAAGUUCAGACACGGAAACGACCAGCGCAUGACGACAACCUUCAACGCGUUCAUCGCCGGCCUCUUCAGGGAUGUGCACAACAACGUGGACAUCGUGAAGGAAACUGACGAUAAACUUGUCAAUCCUCACAAGUCGUGUUCAUCAUGGUUGACGCGAGUUGGAGACAACAAUGAGACCCUCACGCAGCAGCACACCUUCGAGUCCAAACAGGAAUUCAAAGAGAUGAUAUCCAACAUCUCUAAGCGCAUGGGGUUCAACUAUGACGUGGAGAUGGAGACAGUUCGCAGCGUGUACGACAUGUGCCGGUACAACAAGGCCUGGGAUGUGGCCAAAGUGUCGCCGUGGUGCGCUGUAUUCAGCAAAGAGGACCUCAAACGUCUGGAAUACUCUGAAGAUCUAGCUACAUACUACAAGUACGGUUACGGUACGCCUCUCAACCGGGACAUCGGCUGCUCAGGGAUCAAGGACAUGAUGGACUUCUUCAGGAUGCACGCUGAUCAUGACACACCACAACAGCCGCGCACGCUAGUACAACUAACAGAGGCGGAUUCACUUCUUCUAUGGCUGGGGGCGGCUGGGGCGCGGCGGGACUCUGCCCCACUGACCGGUGACAACUAUCACGGGGCGGCGCAGUCGAGGCGCUGGUCCACCUCCACCAUGGUGCCAUAUAACGCUAACUUGGCGGCUGUGUUGUACAAAUGCACACCAAACAGCAAUUUUCAAAUCAGAGAACAGUUCCAAGUUUUGUUCCUUGAGAACGAACUGCCUUUAUAUUUGGAGGGCUGCAGGGUCGGCCUUUGCGAUUGGUCCUUCGUCAAGAAUCGUCUAGGUCUCAUAGCAGAUAACUGCAACCUAAACUUCUGCAAUUCGGCCAGCAGAACUAACAGUAUUCUUGUAUUAUACCUAGGUUUAUUUACAUUAUUUAAAUUAAUAUUGUAAGAAUUGUUGAACCAAAAAUCUGUAUUAUAUAUAGAAUAAGUGUUGCACGAUCUAUUAACAGAUUUCAAAUAUUUUGUUUAAGUAUACACCAGUCCAAACAAGGUGGAAUUUUGGAAAAGCCUAAAAUUACUUCUCUUUCACUCACGAAAAUAUUGUUAAUAAGUUAGCAGCAAAUUCAUGCUUAAAGGAGUGAGCACACUGAGACGGGCCGUGCCGGG